CGGCUUCCUGCUGCGUCUCCACUCCCGUUGGUUACCGGCCGGAACGUUACACGCCGCUCCGCCGUCACGCGAACACUCUUCCAAGUUCAAGAACCCGGGUGGAAACGUCGACACUCUUUUUCCGGGUGGAGUGGUGCUUCAAGGAGCUCUGAACAGGACAACAGGCAUCAUGGUGAACAUCCCAGAAUACUAUACCGGGAAAACUGUGCUGAUCACCGGAGCGACCGGCUUCAUGGGCAAGGUGCUGCUGGAGAAGCUGCUGAGGUCCUGCCCCGGGGUCAAAGGUGUCUACGUGAUGGUGAGGUCAAAGGCCGGCCAGAGCCCCGAGGCCCGCAUCGCUGACAUGAUCAACUGCAAGCUGUUUGAACGACUGCAGGACGAGCAGCCCGGCUUCGCCGAGAAGAUCGUGGCGGUGAAAAGCGACCUGACGCAGCCGGAGCUGGACCUGAGCACAGAGGACCAGAGCGUGCUGGAGGAGCGCGUGGACAUCGUGUUCCACUGCGCCGCCACCAUCCGCUUCAACGAGCCGCUCAAAGACGCCAUGCAGCUGAAUGUCCUCGCCACCCAGAAGAUGCUGGCGCUGGCCCGCCGGAUGAAGCACCUGGAGGUCUUCCUCCACAUCUCCACCGCCUACGCCAACUGUGACCGAGAGGUCAUCGAGGAGAAGAUCUACGCCCCCCGCGUCGACUACCGCCGGCUCAUCGACUCCCUGGACUGGAUGGACGCCGAGCUGGUGUCCGCUCUGACUCCCAAGCUGAUCGGGGAGCGGCCCAACACCUACACCUACACCAAGGCCCUGGCGGAGUACCUGGUGCAGCAGGAGGCCGGAGACGUGAACGUGGCCAUCGUCAGGCCCUCCAUCGUCGGGGCCAGCUGGAAGGAGCCCUUCCCGGGCUGGAUCGAUAACUUCAACGGCCCCAGUGGGAUCUUCAUCGCGGCCGGCAAGGGGAUCCUGCGCACCAUGAGGGCGUCCAACGACGCCGUGGCCGACCUGGUGCCCGUGGACGUGGUCAUCAACGCCACGCUGGCCGCCGCCUGGUACUCCGGAUCGCAGAUGCUCCCCAGGUCUAAGAACAUCAUGGUGUACAACUGCACCACCGGAGGGAUCAACCCGUUCCGCUGGGGAGAAGUUGAGUACCAUGUAAUAUCCACGUUCAAGAGGAACCCCCUUGAGCAGGCCUUCCGUCGGCCCAAUGUUAAUCUCACAUCCAAUCACCUAAUCAAUCAGUACUGGAUCGCCGUGAGCCACAAGGCUCCGGCCUUCCUCUAUGAUCUGUACCUCAGGCUGAUUGGACGAGAGCCCAGGAUGAUGAAGACGAUCACUCGCCUCCACAAAGCCAUGAUGGUGCUGGAGUAUUUCACCAGUCACUCCUGGGUGUGGAGCAACGACAACGUGGCCAUGCUGAUCGGCCAGAUGAGCUCGGAGGAUAAGAAGGUGUUUAAUUUCGACGUGCGUCAGCUGCACUGGGCCGAGUACUUGGAGAGCUACUGCAUGGGCACCAAGAAGUACGUCCUGAACGAGGAUCUGUCCGGCCUGCCCGCCGCACGCAAACACCUCAACAUGCUGAGGAACAUCCGCUACACCUUCAACACCGUCCUGGUGGUGCUCUUCUGGCGCGUCUUCAUCGCCCGCUCCCAGAUGGCCCGCAACAUCUGGUACUUCGUGGUGAGCCUGUGCUUCAAGUUCCUCUCCUACUUCCGAGCCUCCUCCACCAUGAGAUAGUGGUGCGGGGGGGGGAGGGGCGGGGGGCGGGGCCAGAGGCAAAACACUGGCUGAGGAGUGGGAUGCAGUGGGCGAGCCCGGACGUCCACGGCGGAGCCGUCGCACCCGACCUCGAGCGGCUCGGAAAGAAAACGAUUUGGGUCCAUCACGCACACACGCACACGCACACACACGCACACGCACACGCACACACACACACGCCCUGGUUGUUACCGCUGCGUCCGUUACGCUCUCGCCCGCAUUGGAUGCCGCUCUGCUGCACUCGUCCUCCGUCUGGAUUCCUGAGUCGUUCCUCCUCUUCUGUGUCCGUCACCUGAUGAAGAUCACUCCGUCAUUUACCCGUUUGUUCCUCGAGUCCGGAGCCCAGAGGUCACGCGCUGCAGGGCGUGGCUCCUCCGGGCCGAGCCCCACCGAGAGUCCUCAUUGGCCGGCUGCAGUGACUCCUCCCCUCAUUUGGACCAAUCACAACUGGGCCGGUGCCCACAAGCAGAUUGUUCUGGCGUCGGCCAUCUUGUGUUCUCCGACACAUUCCUUCUGGUCUUGAAGCUAUUUUUUUUUUUUUUACCCCAAAUCCCUCUGGACCCGGCGGCGAGGAGGCGUGUCGUUUCUUCCCCUCCAUUGAUGUCCAGGAUGUGGUCUGUCGGUUCUGGUGGACCCGUCUCGCGUCCUCGUUGCCCGUCAUGUGACUGUAAAUACACAUCAUGCCGGAUUCGUCACGCGCUCCCGGCACCUAGAACCCGUUUGUCCAACUCGUUCCAAUAUCCCGACGCCGGCGUCUCGGCCGCGUUACAGAACGCUCGUCUCUGGUUUUCUAUGAAUGAACCCUCGUCGCCAUGGCGAGGCUCCGCCUCUCACGCCCGAGGUUCCCCCGCCCACAUCUGCCGCUCCGUGCUGUGCUCGCAUGCGUCUGCUCGAAGCGCCUUCAAGCGGGUCGGUCCUGGUACCGUCCUGCAUUCUAAGGAUUGGCCCCUUCCCAGCGGGUCGUGUGACUUGGUGGAGGGAGGCACCCUUUUUUUUCUUUUUCUUUUCUCUUGGAAAAGUGUGACUUGUGCCUGAACUUUUUUUCACUAUUCUAACGAUGUGAAAAGAGAGCGAUCAGAUCUAUGUUUUCUAAUUAUUUUGUGUACAGCUCUAUUAAGGUAGACUUCAAAAUACAGAUGUAUUUUUUAUGUGAUGACAUUGCGUGGCUAAAAAAAAAAAGCGUACUGAACUAAUUUCUAUGGAGUCGGCUCGGCCUCAACCACUGCAACCGCACACAGACUCACACAACGCACACACGGAGAUACACACUGCGCUCGGAACAAUUCACAAAUAUAUAAAAUGCACACACAAAUAUAAAUUAUGAUUAAUAUAAAUGUAAAAUCACAAAUAUAUUUAAGCAUUUCUACGUGGAUUUGUCUGUUUUGUAGAUGUAAUAUAUUUGUGCGUCGUUGCGUGUGCAUUGUGAGUCCUCGUGUGUUCGUGUGUGAGUCUCCGUGUGCGUCGGCAGUAUCGAGGCGGAUCGGACUUGGUGUGUUUCAGCUCCUGUAAAUAUGUAAACAAAGUGCAAGUCUGUCCACAGCUCGAUUAAAAAGACUUUCCUGUGUCGUGUGAA